AUGUCGCCACAGGCAGCGGACGAAACCCGAGCAGAGCAGAUAAGCCGACCAAAGAAAAACAAAAGGAAGGCGGAACGAGGGCAGCUCGUGGUUGCCGGGUUGGGAAGGCACCACCGCAGACAGACAGCUGCUCCUGUGCUCCUGCUGUAUCAGAACACGGCGAGCGCCGUCCAUCUUCAGCCUCCAACCUCCAACCUCGUUGUCCGGCUUCGUCUCAGUCCAUCUCAACCUCACCUCAACCUCCUCUCGACCUCACUUCUCUCCCUUCCCUCCCUUCUGUCAGCCUCUCCCCCCGACAUCCUUGAGCUCUGGCUUUUUAUCCCUCUGCGCAAUCGCCCACUGGGCCACACUGGUCGUGAGAGCGCCCAGGAACAAGGCAAAGGGAAUGCUGCCUGCUCUGUGCUCGAUGUGAGUCUUUGUACGCCCUCGUCUCAUACGCUGUACCACUCUUCUUCGUCCCUCCCCCUCCUCCACCCCCAGCACCCCAGUUGCAGUAGCAGUAGUGGUAGCCUCUCUGCCUGGUUCCCUGAUCUUCGUCACCCAACUUUCCCCAGCACCAAUGUCCCAAAAGUAAAAGAAAAUAUCGAGUAG